AUGGUAGAAGGAGAAGAAACCUGGAUGACUCCCCUCACAGCAUAUUUAGCUAAUGGAAUACUCCCUGAGGACAGAAUGGAAGCCAAAAGAAUAGUGAUACUAUCAUCAAAGUUCGGAAUAUACAAUGGCCAGCUGUACAAACGGUCAUUCACCCAUCCCUGGCUAAGGUGUGUGAACAAACAAGAAGGAGAGUACAUCAUGAAAGAAUUACAUGAGGGGACCUGCGGAGCACAUGAUGGAGCAUCAACGCUGGUCAGGAAAGCCCUGUUACAAGGCUAUUAUUGGCCCACAAUGAAAGAACAAGCAACAACGCUAGUAAGAGGAUGCUGGCCUUGCCAGCAACAUGCUCUGAUACCAAGAAAGCAAGCUUCAGAAAUGAAACCGAUCGGCAGUGCAUGGCCCUUCGCCCAGUUUGGAAUACCGAAGGUGCUAAUCACAGACAAUGGCAGGCAAUUCGACUCAGCAAAAUUCAGAAAGUUCUGUGCCGAAUAUCAAAUCGAUUUGAGGUUCACCUCGGAUUACCAUCCACAAUCAAAUGGGCAAAUCAAAGUGGCCAACAGUAUUCUACUGGCCGGACUAAAAAGAAGAUUAGACGAAUACAAAGGAAGAUGGGUAGAAGAACUCUACAGCGUCCUAUGGAACUACCGUACCACCCCUAGGGAAUCAACGGGCGAAACUCCAUUCGCCCUAGCUUAUGGAACGGAGGCUGUAAUUCCUGCAGAGAUCGGCGCACCUACACCAAGGACAGAGGAAAACCAGCUAAACCUAGAAGAAAACGAAGAAGAGCUCAAGAACAAUCUGGAUCUCUUGAUUGAAAAAAUCAACAGAUCAGAUAUCAGGAUGGAAGCCUAUAGACAAAAGAUGGCCAAACAUUUCAAUAGCCAUGUCAAGAAAAGAAAAUUCAAACUAGGCGACCUCGUCAUGCGGAAGACCGAAGUCAAAAAAGGAGAGGCAGGAAGCGGAAAAAUGCAACCAAACUGGGAAGGACCUUACACCAUCAGCGAGGUCAUUAAGGAAGGAACAUUCAAGCUCACGAACUCCAUGGGAAGAAUCAUACCAAGGACAUGGAACGCCAACAACUUAAGGAAAAUUUAG